UUCCAAACGGGGUCUUUUCUUGAAAUUCUUGAUGAUCUUGGUAGUCUGUGCCUUGAUGAUUGUGUGGUUGGAGCCCUAAAAUAUAUAUUUAGUUAACUGAAAUAUAGACUUACAAAAAAUGUCCAGAGUGGUAUAUAAAACUCUUGUAUCAGCGGCUGAUAAAUUUGUUCCAUCAAAAUUAAGACCCCUCUGGGAACAUGAAGCUGGUCCAAAAACCAUAUUUUUCUGGGCGCCAGCAUUCAAAUGGGCACUAGUGGCAGCAUCUAUAGACGAGUACCGUAGGCCUCUAGAUAAGGUAUCGACCACACAAUCCGCGACUUUAUCUGCAACGGGCCUUAUUUGGACACGGUACUGUCUCGUCAUUCGUCCUAUCAACUACGCGCUAUCUCUAUGCAACUUUACAUUGGGAUUAGCUAAUGGGAUCCAAUGCUACAGAGCCUAUAAUUACCAACGCAAGAUGGGAAUGUAAUCUUAUCUUGAGAUACGUAGUUAUGUAAUGAAGAUUAUGUAGAUGUCUGUCAGAUAAACCUUUGCAAAGGUCAAAUAACACUCAUCCACCCGCUUGGAUACCAGGGUCUAUCCACAUAUUACGUCACAGCUUAAGUGGGAGGGAGGGGGUAAUUUCAAAUGUAUUAAAAAAGUGACAUGGGGGAGGGGUUCAAAAAAUCUAAAUGUUGUGGAACGUAAUAUGUGGAUAGCCCCCUACGAUGCUAUGGGCAGACACAAACAGAUACACAGACAUUUAAAACAAAUAACACAAUCUUAGAGAUCAUGUGUAAGAAGCCCCUAUUAGCAAAAAGUUCAUACUUCAUAUCAAUUUAUUUGUAGCUGAUUUCCACACCGUAAGAGAGCCCAUAUAAAAAUCCAAUUAAAUUUCAUUGAAGCCGUAGAAAUUAUACUUUGGAGUAAUUAUUCAUUACAUAAACUGAAGAUUGCGACU